CGGCAUCGAACGGCCCAACAACAGAAAAGGAGGGAAACAAUAUCAAACGUCCGAUCUCACAGCCUUGCCCUUCCCCUCUUUCCCUAUUUAAACCCUCCUUUCUUCCCCUCCCCUUUCCCAUCUCCACUCCUACACUCUCUUUCUCUCUCACUCUCUCAUCCUCUGAUUCGUCUCCACUAGAGCUCGUACCCCAGAUUAAAAAGUUUUUAUAAAAGAUGAGGGAAAUCCUUCACGUACAAGGAGGGCAAUGCGGGAACCAGAUCGGAUCCAAGUUCUGGGAAGUGGUCUGCGAUGAGCAUGGCAUCGACCAGACCGGACGAUACAUAGGAAACUCCGAUGUGCAAUUGGAGCGCGUGAAUGUUUACUACAAUGAGGCAUCUUGUGGAAGGUUUGUGCCACGCGCCGUGCUCAUGGAUCUUGAGCCGGGGACUAUGGAUAGUGUGAGAACUGGGCCUUAUGGACAGAUCUUUAGGCCUGAUAAUUUCGUGUUUGGGCAAUCUGGAGCCGGGAAUAAUUGGGCUAAGGGGCAUUAUACUGAAGGAGCUGAGCUUAUUGAUGCUGUUCUUGAUGUUGUUAGAAAGGAAGCUGAGAAUUGCGACUGUCUCCAAGGUUUUCAAGUUUGCCACUCUCUUGGUGGAGGAACUGGUUCUGGCAUGGGCACCCUCUUGAUUUCAAAGAUCAGAGAAGAAUACCCUGAUAGGAUGAUGCUAACUUUCUCUGUCUUCCCAUCACCAAAGGUUUCGGAUACGGUGGUUGAGCCUUACAAUGCCACCCUUUCUGUUCAUCAGCUUGUUGAGAAUGCUGAUGAGUGCAUGGUGUUGGACAAUGAGGCUUUAUAUGAUAUCUGUUUCAGGACUCUCAAGUUAACCACUCCUAGCUUUGGAGAUCUGAACCAUCUGAUCUCUGCAACAAUGAGUGGUGUAACAUGCUGCCUUAGGUUCCCUGGUCAGCUCAACUCUGACCUCCGGAAACUUGCUGUGAACCUUAUUCCUUUCCCUCGUCUGCACUUCUUUAUGGUUGGAUUUGCUCCUCUCACCUCACGAGGAUCUCAGCAGUAUCGUGCUUUAACUGUCCCAGAACUCACCCAGCAGAUGUGGGAUGCUAAGAACAUGAUGUGUGCUGCAGACCCACGACACGGUCGCUACCUCACAGCCUCAGCCAUGUUCAGGGGCAAGAUGAGCACCAAAGAGGUUGAUGAGCAAAUGAUUAAUGUUCAAAACAAGAACUCUUCAUACUUUGUUGAGUGGAUUCCAAACAAUGUGAAGUCCAGUGUCUGUGAUAUUCCUCCUCGGGGCCUGUCUAUCUCAGCUACCUUCAUUGGUAACUCAACCUCCAUCCAGGAGAUGUUCAGGCGAGUGAGUGAGCAAUUCACUGCUAUGUUCAGGAGGAAGGCUUUCUUGCACUGGUACACUGGGGAAGGAAUGGAUGAAAUGGAGUUCACCGAGGCAGAGAGCAACAUGAAUGAUCUUGUAUCCGAAUAUCAACAAUACCAAGAUGCAACAGCUGAAGAGGAACUUGAAUAUGAGGAUGAGGAGGAGGAAGGUGUUGCUGAGUGAGAGAUAUAAAGGCUGUAUGCUACUUUAUAUUGUGAAAUGUGGUAAUGCCUCUUUAUACUGCUUGAGAGUUGAAAAGUGGCGAUUUUCUGCGUGUUUGAGUAGUUAAAUAUGUGAAAAGCUUUUUGUAUUACUCUUUAUGUUUAAAGUCUAUCUCGCCUGGCCGUUUUAUUCGUUUUCUACAAUGAAAAUUAGUAGUAUUGGCUGUAUCUGUUAUUUCAAGUUAUAUGUUUGUUUUUCCUGGUAUCAUUUAAGCAUGUACUGGUAUUUUCUUUUUCAUCAUUUACUUAUCCGGAAAACUACAGGAAUGUUUUGCAGACCUUGGCAUGUAAAUUAUGUACAUUUAGUAGAGAGAUUUCUUAUCACCUUUGUGUUUGUGGAAGGAUGUCCGUUGGAGAACAUCUUUCUCACACGGAGCUUCUUGGCAAUUACUGAAGCUUGAGAUACAAUAGAGGCUUAAACUUGCCAUUGGCUUGUGCAACUAUCUUGAUUUAUAUAAG